UGUAGCGGGUCUCUUCCUGUUCCCGGUUCGGGCUGCUGAGGGAGUUGUGAGCAGUUCGUGGAUGAAAUUACGGCGAGAUGGCAGGGGGUGGAAACGCGCAGGGGUUGGAAUUGGGGAGAGUAGACAAUGGUCGGGAAAGAGUGCAAGGUGAACUGCCCGGUUUGCAGGUGCUUCGUGACAAGGGGGGCACGCUGGCGAUGGCAGAUGAGGGUGCGGGUUCGAUGGGCAAGACAGGCAGAGAUGGCGAGGAGGAGAUCGAAACAUCGGAUGGAGUAAUGGGCCCGGAAAGCACGGGAACCUGGCAUGGGAAGGAUGCAGCGUUUGUGAGAGCGGGAAGUGCGGGAGGCGAGGAAGGGGUCACUGGUGGGAUGCCAUUGGACGCGGAUGCAGGUGGUGUGUUCAGCCUUCCGCCGGCCGUGAGCUCGAGACAGCAACUACGGGCUUUGCUACGACGCCAGUGGAUCCUCAAGAAGCGAUCAUGGUGUCAGACUGUGUUUGAAGUGGUCAGCCCAAUGUUGAUGAUGUCUGUUUUGGUGCUCGCCUACUCUUUCACCACUGUUGACCACUAUGACAGUGCCGAGUAUGCCGGAUCUGAAGUGCCAUUCUUGGACCAGUUGAUUGCCCUUGCGCAAAAUCCAGCACUAGUCUACAAGUGGUGUAACAAGACAAGACCACUGGCAGAGGAAAUAGGAAAUGCGUUUCAGAGGGGAUUCAACGCAUCAAGCUCGCAGGCAGAUGGAAUUGGGGGUUGGGAUGGAAGCUGGCUGCCAGGGAAGUGGGGACCACCUGUUAGUGAGCCACUAAGUGGAUUUUGGCCACCAACUGAAAGUUUCCCUCAUGGAGCAGGGAAGUGGGGACCACCUGUUAGUGAGCCACUAGGUGCAUUUUGGACACCAACUGAAAGUUUCCCUCAUGGAGCAGGGAAGUGGGAACCACCUGGUAGUGAGCCACCAAGUGGAUGGCCACCAACUGAAAGUUUCCCUCGUGGAGCACCUCCUUGGCAAAGUCCUGAUGUUCCACAGCGCAAGCCUCAGGAGGUGGUGGUGCCUGACUGGGCACAAGCCUCAGUGGCGGGAUUGGACACACCAAUGUUACCUGGUCCUGGUUUUGCUCAGCCAUCAAUGGAGUGGCGGAUGCCUCCUCUUUGGGAUCCUGAUGAUGUCGGGAGCAGGAGACUGCCAAUCCCAGAUGCAGUACUAGAAGAAGCUGCAUCUUGUAUUGACCCCGUUGUUGCUGCGAAACAGUUCUUAGCCAACUUCAGUCAGUACAAUGGUCCCCUGCCUAUUCCGUCACUCGACACAUUUGUUGUUAUUCACAGGGCAUUGAGGAGUGCAUUUCUGUCGAAACCAGGUGCAUAUGAGGAGGCUUUGCACUGGCAAACAUCAUUUGGAAGCAUCUUAGGCAACCUCUUGAAGCUUGGCAAGCUUGCCUUCUCACCAGACACACCAGAGGUGGGGCUUCUGGUCACCUACUUGAAGGAGCGAUAUCGUUUUUUUGCCAAUAUGUAUGCGGGCACUUUUGAAACUGUGGCGGAUGCGCUCGACUUUGCAGCAAAGCUGUCAAGUGUUGGGAUAGAAACGGAGGCGAGUCCGUCGGGAGAAGAGAUCAGUCGAGAACUGUGGGCGGUAGUCGUCUUCCAUAAGCUGGAUGUUCAGAGUGGUGAUGUUGACUACUCCAUACGCAUGAAUUACACUAGUGUGCCUCAAACUUGGAGGCGAGUGCACCGGUGGCACCAUGGGCUCCAUGAGGCCUACAAACGAUACUACUCGAGUGGAUUCAUGAGCUUGCAGAGUGCGAUCAAUGAAUAUGUUCUGAAGGCGGCAUCCGGGAAGGCAUUGGUUGGAGUUGCGGGCAAUUGGGAAGAGGGCUCAGAAGAGGAGAGUUUCUUGCCUAGGCCUGUUGAUGGCGGGAUAUGGGGGUUGCCAUUUCCAAUUGGGGCAUACAGUCAUAACAUGUUCUACUCUGCGGUUAGUUUUGUGAUGGGCCUGCUGAUGUGUAUGAGCACUCUAUAUCCACUGGGGAUGCUGGUGAAAGGCAUUGUUGAAGAGAAGGAGACUAGAUCACGGGAAACGAUGAGAAUUAUGGGUUUACGUGCAUGGGUUCUCACGCUUUCUUGGGGGAUAACCUAUCUCCUUAUUUUUGCAGUCGCAGGACUGAUGGUUACUGUGCUAUUGACUGGCACGUUUCUUCCUGCAAGUGACAAGAGUGUUGUAUUCGUUCUUUUCUAUCUAUAUGGGUGCUCCCUUGUUUCUUUUGGUCUUUUCAUGUCUGUUUUCUUUUCACGAGCAAAGCUUGCCAGUGUUGUUGCACCCUUCGCACAUUUCGCUGCUCUUCUUCCACGUUAUGUUUUCUUUCGGGCUAGCGAAGGGCAAGCCAUCUCGGGGAAGAUGGGAGCUUCGCUUCUUCCACCUACUGCAUUUGCAUUUGGUGUAGAUUUGUUGGCGCAGUAUGAAGGUGCCGGAGAGGGAUUGACAUGGCAUGAGGUUUUCAUUGGUUCUCCUGGGGAGAAUGGAAGUCCUCAUCAUGAGUAUGGGAUGGGAAAGGUCCUUGGAAUGCUUACUGUUGACGCCAUCCUUUUUGCUUUUCUGGGAUGGUACUUGGAGCAAGUGCUUCCAUCUCAGUAUGGCCUUCGUAGGCCUGUAUGGUUCUUUAUGAUGCCAUCAUACUGGGUGUCUGAGUCCUGCUGGGAAUCCUUCCUUGUCAGAAUGCGGCACAGCUUGAGGAUAGCACGACUUGGAGUCUACGAAGCUGUGCCAAUGAAGGAUCCGGCUGAACACUAUCAUGCCGAUGGUGUGAUAAAGUGUGAUGAGGAGCUUGAGAAAUGUGGUAGGAAUGGGCAUCGAGCUGCAAUACAGGUGCAAGGACUUACAAAGGUUUACCCAGGUGGGAAGGUUGCAGUCGAGGGGCUUAAUCUAGAUGUAUACGAGGGACAAAUCACUGCCCUACUUGGGCACAAUGGCGCAGGAAAAUCUACAGUGAUAUCAAUGCUCACCGGGCUUAUCGCCCCAACCGCUGGAGAGAUCCGAAUAUGGGGCUGUGACAUCCAAACUCACCAAGAUGCAGUUCGUCGGAUCAUUGGAGUCUGCCCUCAGCAGAAUGUGUUGUUCCCACGGCUGACGGUCGAAGAGCAUCUUGAACUUUAUGGAACGAUUAAGGGUUUACCCAGAAAAGCCUUGGGGUUAGCCGUUCUCGAGAUGGUGGAGAGAGUAGGAUUAAUGGACAAGUUGCAUACAGAAGUGGUGGACCUCUCUGGUGGAAUGAAGAGAAAACUUCAGGUGGCGCUUGCAGUGAUUGGUGGAUCGAAGGUUCUUUUCCUUGAUGAGCCGACAUCAGGAAUGGAUCCACACUCACGGCGAAGCAUGUGGACUCUAUUGAAGAGUUUCAAGGCUGGGAGGGUCAUUGUCCUUACAACGCACUACAUGGAUGAGGCAGAUCUUCUGUCAGAUAGAAUCGCAAUAAUGAGCGAGGGACGCUUGAUGUGUUGUGGGAGCUCUCUUUUCUUGAAGGGGAGGUAUGGACCGGGCUAUAAUCUGACAAUGACAAAGGAGAAUAGCGAAUGUGAUGACAAUGCUGUGUAUUCAUUAGUGAAGAAGCAUGUGCCGGAAUCGACCAGGCUGAUCUGUGCCGGAGGUGAAAUGGCAUUCAAGUUACCUCUGAGGAUGAAGCAUAAAUUUGCAGCAUUGUUUCAAGAAAUUGAGGAAAAGAGGAGCAGUCUCUUCAUCGGUGGAUAUGGAGUAUCCAUGACGACUCUUGAGGAGGUGUUCAUGGGGUUUACCAGAAGGGGAGAAAGCAAAGAAGCAUCAUUUUUUGAGGGACAAGAAUUCUCAUUGGAAGCUCUCAAAGCAGCAAACAGAGAAAAUAGAGGUUUUGCAGGUGGUCAGGGGGAAGAUCGCACCAUCCUUCCCCUCACCGAAGGCAAUAGUCGGCACUUGGAUCCAGUGCAUAGUACUCGCGGGAAUCGAGAUGGGGAUGGAGAAGACCUAGAAGCUGGGCAGGUUGGUGGCUGUAAAUCAGUUGCAGCGAGUGGUCAUUGUUAUCAGGUGACAUACAGCUAUACCUGUCAAAGGUUCUUUCACAUUUGGAUUGAACUGUUGAAGAAACGGGCCAUCAUUGCGAAAAGAGAUGUGAAGGGCCUAAUUAAUUCUAUCGCGCUGCCUGUGGGCGCAGUUGCAUUUGUAUUACUCAUUUUACGGCUAAAUAUCAAUCCUGCGGGUCCUUCUUUGGAUCUCAGCAUGGAGAUGUACACUGGGCUUGGUUGUAAAACAACUUUCACAGAAGUGCCAUCCGUGCGAUUAGGAAGCCGCUGGCCUGGAUUUCUUGGAGCGAAGUACUUGAAGCUGACUGUGGCCUCACAUGUCAAUGACAGCGUAUCAAUGAGCCAUGAGCUGCUGUCCACGCUGGGGGAGACUCCUAGAUAUGAUGCAUUGAUUUACAAUGACACACAGCUGCAGAAAUACAACCUUUCAGCGAUUCUUGACUUCGAUAUCGACCGAUAUGGACCGUUUCUGAACCAGCUUCUCCACGUGGACGCUUUUACCAAAGAUAAGAGUAAAAUGCAACACAAAGUGCGUCGUGAUCGCAAGAGCGUGACAGGGAAGAACGGAUAUGGGAUGGUGGUCCCCCUGACCAUCAUGCACAACACAUCGAGCGAUCAUGCUUUACCAGCGAUGCUGACUGAGUUGGCACAAGCACAAAUACGUGCGCUGCGCAAUGACUCUAAAGCAUCACUGAAAGUCCGGAGCCAUCCUCUACCGCUGACCAAGAAUGAAGCUCUGCAAAUACAGACUUUUCUUACGGUUUUGGCAGCUCUGUUUGUGCUGAUUCCCUUCUGCUAUUUGGCGGCUUCGUUUGCAGUCUUUGUCGUGAAAGAAAGAACAGUCAAAGCCAAGCACCUACAACUUGUCAGUGGUGUUAAUGUGUACGAGUACUGGUGUGCUGCUUACACAUGGGAUUUAAUUAAUUACUUUGUGAUUGCAUCCAUUACGAUGCUGGUCUUCCUCAUUUACCAGGACCAAGCAUUCACUGGGACUGCUUCUAAAGGUCUUGGGGCUUUUCUUCUCAUGAUGCUGUUUGGUGCUUCAUCCAUCCCACUAUCAUAUUGUUAUUCUUUCUUGUUCAAGAACUCUGCAUCCGCACAGGUUGCCAUUGCAGGCUUCCACUUCAUUGCUGGUGUUGUCAUGCUUGUUACAUCUUUCAUCAUGGGGGAAAUUGAGAAAACACAGUUUUUGGAGACGACGGGGUGGAGAGGCAAAAGGCGGUCGGGAGGCACGAUCCUGGCGUUCUGUCCGCGUAAAGUGGGCGGACCGGAGGUCCUCAAUGGUGAAUUGGGAGGGGUCGAGAGCAGCAAUGUCGAAGUUGUCAUCGGAGGUGGGUGGAGUGGUGUCGUUAUGGAAAAAGCGGGUGCGGGAGGGAGUGGGCGCGGACUGGUGAUGGGGGUGGAGGAGUCGAUCGUGGUGAAGCAUGCGCGAGAGGAGGUCAGCAAGGGGCAUGUCGGGUUCGUGGGCGAGGGCGGUUGCAAGGUCUUUGUGGCAGACUCGUUUGAUGCGGGAGAUGAACGCAAAGUCGGGAAUGACGGUGGUGGGGAGGUGGUGGCGGAGGGAGCGGACGUAUUGGACGAAGCGGUUCGUGGGACUGGUCUGGCGGAGGUGGUAGAAUUGUUCAAGGUAGUCAUCAAUGGUUUUCUAGGAGCGGAAGGUGGCAGUGAGAAGGUUGGCCCAUUGGAGGAAGGAGUGAUGUGGUCCUCCAGAGGAUCGGCGGUUGCUGACUUCAGCCAUCCAUCAUUUGGCAGCAUUGCCGAGGAGGCGGGAGGUGGCAAUGGGGAGUCAGUGGGCAAGGGGCAUGUGGUGGAGGUGAAAAGAGUUCUGGAGCUGGGUUGGGAAGAGGAAAACGUCCUCGUGGGGGAGGCAGGAGAAGGACAUGAUGUCGUCGAACCGGAAGGAACGGGGGAUGUCCCCGUCGUGGGAAACAAUCCGGGCGAGGGCGUUGAAGCUGAGGUUAUCGGGGAUGGUGUCAUAGCAGGUGUAGUCGAGUUGGUUGUUGUCCUCAAGGAGGUAGUUGGGGGGGAGCUGUGGCAUUGCGGGGUAAACCCCAGAGGUGACUUGGGAAUAGGUGGGACGGAUGGUGGGGAUGGUGGAGGUCGUCAUGAUGGGUUGGGGAAGGGUAUGAGAGUGCGGGGGGGGAAGAGGGGUCACGUGGAUGGGCGAGGAAUGAGGCGAUGGAAAAAUCUCGGCCGGCCUAUGGUGAUAAUGUUUCUAGAAGCUAUUGCAUUCUUUCUAGCAACUCUGGCCAUAGACAAGGAUUUUCUCCAGUGGCUUCAGAAUUUGGUGCGAGAUUGUGGGAUAAAGAUAUCGAGGAUGUACGGGUCUCAGCGGCAGCUCACAUUCACUCUCUCAAGGCGUUUCUACAUCAUGAAUCAGAGAGCCUUUCAUGUUGAUGAAGAUGUGGAUGUUGCAACGGAGAGGGUAAGAGUUGCGAGUGGGGCUGGUAGUAAUGAUGUGGUGGUGAUCUCUGAUCUGAGCAAGGUGUUUCGAGGAGACAAAGCCGGUGGAGUUAAGGUGGCUGUUUCCAAUCUUUCACUGGGAAUCCCACCUGGUGAAUGCUUCGGCUUUCUAGGUGUGAAUGGCGCAGGAAAGACCACAACACUCUCUAUCUUGACGGGCGACCUACGACCAACACAUGGUGAUGCUUUCAUCUGUGGCCACAGUGUGGUCAAUGGCCUGCCAGGCGCUCAGAGGUUGAUUGGCUACUGUCCGCAGUUCGACCCUCUGCUGGACCUGAUGACAGGGCGAGAGCACCUGCUGAUGUAUGCGAGGCUGAAAGGAAUUCCGGAGCAAAAUGUUCACCAGUUGGUUAAGGAGGUUAUCACUGCAGUGGGUCUCAGUGAAUGUGCAGAUCGAGUGGCAGGCUCAUACAGUGGAGGCAAUAAGCGCAAGCUUUCUCUUGCAAUUGCUUUGGUUGGUAAUCCUAUGGCCAUUUUUUUGGAUGAACCAAGCAGUGGCAUGGAUCCAAUGGCAAGGAGAGCAAUGUGGGACAUUAUCUCUUCGGCAAUCAUGAAGCAGAAGAUGUGUAUUGUGUUGACAACACACAGUAUGGAGGAGUGUGAAGCUCUAUGCGGCCGUGUAGGUGUUAUGGUGGCUGGCCAACUUGUCUGUCUAGGAAGCACUCAGCAUCUUAAGAGCAGAUUUGGUGUCGGCUAUCAUCUGGAAUUGCGGAGUGAUGAGGAGAGGGUAAGCUCUGUGAAGACAUUUGUUGAGACUGAGUUUACAGGAGCAAUCCUCGAGGAGGAACACGGGGAAAGGUUGAAGUAUCAGUUGCCCAUUGAGGGGCUCUCACUAUCCCAAGUGUUUGGCACUAUUGAAGACCAAAAAGAGAGAAUUGGCAUUGAUGACUACAGUGUGAGCCAGAGCACCUUGGAACAGAUCUUCCUGCUGUUUGCUAGAAGUGUGGAGAAAGGAUGGACGCCUAUGCCGAAUUGAUUUGUAGAAAGGGUGGAGAAAGGAUGGAUGUCUAUGCAGCACUAGUUUGUAGAUGUCAGUCUGAAAGAUCUAGGAUGGCUCGGUGUUGGCGCAACAAUAAGUAAUUAAUUGGUGUGACCGCCGAGUGGACAGACAAGCAAGCGAGCGAGCGAGCGAGCAUGCAAGUCCAGUGCCUGCUGGUGGCACGCAGCUGCGCCAAGCUAAGGACUACCUAUGUAGCGAACCUGUAAAUUUUCUGGGGAUCUAGUGGUUAACUACCUUCUUCCCCCGAACACAACGCACCCUCAUUUUGACUGUAUCGGGCCGGAAACAUGCCUUGCAUACGUUCAUUUUCAUGGUGUGUUCUGUUCGGGGGAAGACGGUAGAGUGUGAGCCAGAGCGCCUUGGAACAGAUCCUCCUUCUGUUUGCCAAAAGUGUGGAGAAAGGAUGGAUAUGUAUGCAGAAUUAGUUGUCAGGACUCGAUAGCAUUUUUCAUCGAACGAGAUGCCAAAAUGUUCACUCAAAUUAUUCUGCCUGAAGUAGACAUUCAACUGAAUGAGGUAUGCAAAGCAGUGCAGAGAAAGGAUGCAUGCCUAUGCAGAAUGAAAUUGGUAGGUUUCA